AUGCCGUUGGUGACGCGUAAGGGUGUAUACCCCUACGAGUACACUGAUAGUUGGGCUAAAUUAGACGAAACGGAACUACCACCUCAGGACGCUUUCUAUAGUCAGUUGAGUGAGUCUAAUAUUGAUGACGACGACUAUAGACAUGCCACGGAGCUUCGAUUGUAUGUUGAAAUACACCAGGAUGAAGCUGGAGNCUAUUACACCGCGCCUGGUUUUAACUUCGAUUGUAUGUUGAAGUACACUGGGAUGAAGCUGGAGAUCUUGAACGAUUACGACAUGCUACUGAUGGUGGAACAGGGAAUUCGUGGUGGGUUAGUGCAGGCUGUCAAGCACUAUGCAAAGGCCAACAAUCCUAAGACACCCGAUUACGAUCCGUCAAAACCAGACUCAUGGAUCGAGUACCAAGACUGCAAUAACCUUUACGGGUGGGCUAUGAGUCAGCCCAUGCCGUACGGUGGCUUCCGGUGGUAUAAAGGAGCAGACCCUCUGGCUGACCUCCAAUCGUUGUCGGACACUGGUAAUACGGGGCGUAUAUAUGAAGUGGACGUAUCGUAUCCACAAGAGCUGCAUGACGAGCACAACGACUUGCCGUUCUUGCCUGUCAACGAUGUACCGCCGGGUUCCAAAGAGACCAAACUCAUAGCCACUUUGAAACCCAAACAACGGUACGUCGUACACUAUGUCAAUUUAAAACAGGCAAUCGCACACGGACUGCAAGUCGAUAAAGGAAAACAAUGGAGAACUUGCGUCCAAUGGAAACGCAUCCGCAUUGAUCUAAUCUCCAGUCCCGAACGUCUAAGCAAGCUCGUAAACCAACCAACCUUCAACGACUGUAUCAAAUACGGUGGACACAAAGAUGGUCAAGUUUAUCAAACCUAUAUACGUCGGUUUAGCAAUGCUUGACAUUAGCAAGACACUAAUGUACAAGUACUUCUACGACGUAUUGAAACGACAUUAUGGCAGUGCAAUCGAAUUGGUUUACAUGGAUACAGACUCCUUCAUAUACCUGUCAGAGUAGGCGACUUCUACCAGGAUUUAGCUGAUAGCCCCGAUUUACUGAUGCACGUGGAUGCAUCUAGCCUGCCCAAAGAUCACCCUUGCUACUCCACCGAUAGAAAGAAGAUGCCCGACUUGUUUUCAGACGAGACCAGUGGCCUCGCCCUCUUUGAGAUCGCUGCACUUCGAUCAAAGUGCUGCGCAUUUGACAUGCAAGGCAGCGAACUCAUAAUGUCUAAGGGGAUCCGCGGACACGUCGUCCGGAACCAUCUAUCUUUGGACGAUUACAAACGGUAUUUGUUCAAAGACGAUGGUGAUGGUGACGAUGUGUCAAAACGAGCAUUGGUUGGAGAGAAUGCCCGUGCGGUCAUCGGAGUGAUACGCGGUGGUGAAUCUCCACCGACAUUAUCGUUACCCUUCACACCGUACCGACAGAACGUGUCAAUCCGUUCGUUUGAGUACGAGGUACGCACUUUACGUACAACCAAGUUGGUGCUUAACCGUUUCGAUGAUAAGCGCUACACGCUCGACAACAGAAUCGACACGUUGGCCCACGGGCAUUAUGUUAUACCACCAUCGGAAGACCUAUAGUUUUUAAGUUAUUAUCAUUGUAAAAAAAUAUUGCCAAGAAUUGAAAAUAUUUUUUGUAAAUAUACAUGUAUUAGUAUAUAAGUAGUUUUGAAACAUUUUUUUUUUAAUGUAACAUAAUGUAGUAAGAAAUUGUAUUUUUUGUAUAAAACAUAUGUAUAUACGUGUACAC